ACUGUCGAAUGAAAAAGGAAUCAUACGAGUAAAAAAUGCUCUCUAUCUGAACCUGUUGUUAUCGUCCAAAGUACGCAUCGCAAGAUAAUACUGUGCAUAACGUUAUUUACAAAACGGACUAAGUUGAUAAUUCUAUCAGUAGCAGUUUAGCAGCAUCGCAAGUAACUCGAAAUGGGAGAAAACGACGAAAAAUAUGUGUUCUAUGGUGGUUCCACCAAUGAAAGUGUUGAAGCCGGCUGUCAAUCCUUGGGUGCGCUGAUUAUCAAGCGACUUCGUGAAAACGGAGACUGUGUUGCUUUUACGGAUGGCGUAACCGGAGAGUCGAUUACGUCCAGCGACAUGCUGGAGCAGUCGGUGCGAUUAGCAAACCGGUUUCAUAGGAUCGGAAUAAAAAAGAACACGGUCAUUGCGAUAAUGUGUGAAAACCGACUUGAGCUGCCCUUGAUUGCAUUCGCGGCAACCUACAUGAACGCAAUCCCUGUUCUACUGAAUCCAUCUUACACUUCCGUCGAGCUGGAACACGUCCUGAAGCUAAUCACACCGAAGGCAAUCUUCGUAUCCCCAACAGCCAUCAGCACAUUACUUUCAGUCGCCAAAAACAUUUCUUCCAUAAAAAUGACUGUUCUUCUGGAGUCAACCAAAAAACCAAACAACAAAAUCGCACUGUUCAAGGAGCUUUUCGAUCGCAACAAAUUAAAAAAUGCCAAAUUUUUCACCCCACAGCCAGUGAAUCUGCAGAAACAGGUGGCCCUCAUGGUUCUAUCGUCCGGGACGACAGGGUUGCCGAAAGCAGUUCAACUAACCCACUACAAUCUGAUGGCCGUACUGGCCUACAUUCGGCAAGAUUUGAAGGACAGCGAUUUGCCGCCAAACAUACGGGGACUUGGACUGCUUCCCUACUUCCAUAUCUACGGUUAUAUGACACUUCUGAGUGCCUUCUGCAACAAUCGAGAGAUUGUCAGUCUACCACGAUUCGAACCGAAGCUAUUUCUAUCGACAAUCCAGAAGUAUAAAAUCUUCGGAGCCGCUUUGGCUCCGCCAUUGAUGGUUUUCCUAGCGAAACAUCCUCUGGUUGAUCAGUACGACUUGAGCUCCCUCACCAUACUCGGCUGCGGAGCAGCUCCACUUAGUAAAGAAGUCGAAGAAAUGGUACUGAAACGCUUACCGAAUGUUCUAAUAAUUCGGACUGGGUACGGUAUGAGCGAAACCUCCCUUGGAGUUCUUACGAGAAUGUCCGGUAAAAGUGGCAGUGUGGGUCGCGUAAACCGAAUGUGCUGGGUGAAGAUUGCUGACAUGGAGACCGGCAAAACGCUUGGCCCGAACCAAGUGGGUGAAAUCUGGGUCAAAGGUCCAAUGAUUAUGAAAGGCUACUUGAACAAUGAACGCGAAACUAAUUCGACCAUUGAUUCCGAUGGUUGGCUCCAUACGGGGGACACCGGGUACUUCGAUGAGGACGAAGACUUUUUCAUAGUUGAUCGCAUUAAGGAUCUAAUCAAGUACAGAGGAUUUCAGGUAGCUCCUGCUGAAGUGGAAGCAGUACUUCUUACGAAUGAGAAGAUCAAGGAUGCAGCAGUCGUUGGCAUACCGGACGAGAUCAACGGAGAGCUCCCGCUGGCAUUUGUGGUGUUGCAACCGGGCGCGGAACUAACCGAAGCCGAUGUCAAAGCGUGGGUUGCUACUCGCCUGUCUAGGCAAAAACAUCUACACGGGGGAGUUCGGUUCGUGGCUGAUAUUCCAAAAACCACCAGCGGAAAGAUUUUACGCCGCGAACUGCGGGGGAUGGUAGUGAAGUCGAAGCUCUAAGAUAGGGUGUUUAUCUCGCGCGUCAAGUCAUGCGAGCUGAUAAAGGUGAAGUUGUUUAUUAAUAUUGCAGAUGAUUUAUGCCCGUAUCGUCUCAGUGCGAAUAAAAAUCCUAGAAAAUGACUGUCAUUCUGUUACUUUUUUCUAUUUCGGGAAACUGUUGAUUACUUGGCGGUAUAACGGGGACGUUAUAAGUCUUUUGCAAAGCGUUGAAUUGGUAUUUAUUUUGGUAACAACACAAUAUAACGUACUUUAGGAUUAUGCAAUGUAGCAGAUAAAGCUCGAUUUCUAGA